GAAGAGACCUGUUGCGGUUUGAUUUCCAUGAGUGAUCUCCCAUAAGCAAUCACGAAAUUGCAUUUUGGGCGGUCGCUUAUGGGAGGUUCCACACUUUAUAAUGGGCAGUGUCUUGGUGCUGGGGACAGGUGAAAUCACCAAAUGACGUAAUACAAAAGCAUGAAAAGACACCUCACAAUACCCAAACCACUACACAAUAGCUAACCAACGAUAGUUUCCUCAACACCAAGAAAAAACUGUAUAAUGCACCGUGCCCAAAUAGACUAGGCACUGAUAAGGUGGUGUGGCAAUCUUUACGCUAAAUAUUAAGGGCACUAAUUUUUAUUUGCGUUUGCCUUAGAACCUUUAUGAUGAUCCAAGAGAAAAGAAAAACUAGCAUUCAAUUUGUUUAGGAGUUUUCAAACCAAAGAAAAAUUUGAACCACAAUAACAUGGUAUUUGAAACUGAGACAAUGGUUAAUAUGAACUCACUGUUUAGUCUAUUUGUACUCACCAGGGUGACGUUUUCCACAGGGGACCAAGAGCUUGCUACUUCUGCUGCUGGAGAAAAAGGCUUCUCCUUUGGUGAAGAAGGUAUGUUGUUGUUAACUUCCCUUUAAGGGGCUAUACAUGUACAUAUGUGACACCACAGUUAAGGAGUGGAAUAGACGUGAGGACUGUCAGACUCCUCUGUUAUAUAUCAGGGGCAUCCAACGGCUGUUAAAAUAUCUGUUUGGAGAAGCAGAUGUUGCCUCGAAUUUUCUUCUGCUUGAGGACAGCUAAAAAUUUCUAGAUGACCGUUCCUUUCACGAACAAUUUUCAAAGGAAAAGCUUAUCUUAUAAAUUCCCUACAAUUUUCUAAAGUUUAAUUUUUCACAUUUCACUCCCCAGGUUAGGCUCUUUUUUAGAGAAAAAAGGAAACCUGAAAUUUUCGGAUUCAAAAAUGUGAUGGAGAGAGGAAUCAGUAAAAUUCUCACUUUCAUAAUAUGUUAAAUUGCCUCUAAAAUUUUUGGAAAAAAUAAUACUUUAUCCCUUGAAAUUUCGAAAAAGACUCAAGUUCGCCUAGGGUGACCGAGCAGCUAUGAAUUUUAAAGCGCCAUUUAGAAUGCUUUUCUGCAGAUCUAAAAGUACUCUGGGUAGCCUGAAAAGUGUUUUCAAUGGAUUAGGAGGAAACAGUCAUUGGGUGGCCCUGACAUUUGUGGACUGGAAGGUGCACAAUGUUCAGUAGCGUGUGUAUCAUUAAUUUGGAUCUUUCUGACCAAUAAAAGUGUCGCAUUAAUUUAUUCUCUGACAAGCAAAAUAAAAACUUAAGGAUUUUAUGUGCAGAGUCAGGGAGCUCCUAACAUACAGCUGUAAUCUGCAGUGCUGUUGUUUUUAUCUUUGAUGUUUGCCAUUUUUUAUAAGCAGUCUCCUCUACUAACUAUGGUCAUGAAGAUAUUGCUGCUGUUGUUGUCAGUUCUCAUCUCUUGUAAAUUCAUUUUUCAGAUCUUAGUAUUCUAACAAUUCAACUUUAUUCACAUGUUAAAAUCGGCCUCGCCUCGGUUUUCUGUUCAACAUGGGUUACAAGCAUUAAAUCAGAGAAAGAUAGAUUGAUUCACUGAAAAGAAAACCAAACUGACAUAAGAAAUUGCUCAAAAGAUGAAAAAUUAAUGCCUCGAAAAGCAUCUACUUACACUAGGGUGAAUUGUCUCUCUGUUUUCAGUUUUUAUAUUCACAUAUCUUCAAUUCUUCUCAACUGCUAGGAAAAACUGAAUUUUAAAGCUUGCACUCGCUUUUAAACCUACCGGGUACCCUUAAGGGAAUUUUAGGGGACACAUUGCUAUGGGCAACCAAUUUAAUUAAAUAACAGCUGCUUUUACAAUGUACAGUGCUGUAGGUCAAUUGUGUGCUUUAGUGAUUUUAUUAAGUGCCUUUACCCAUACACAAAAAAUAAUGCACCUGUAGAGUUAUGAAGAAGAUAUUAAACAAAAUAGUUCCAUCACAGAGCACUCUACACUAACCAUGACAUUUUUUUGGUGAUUUUACUGAGAAGGAAUAUCAUCAAAAAUUGAAUAAGCUGGCCCAAAUUUUCAAGUUUCAAUCUAUGUGGAAUCCUCACCAUCCCUUGCAACAGAAGUCAGUAAAGCUUCAAAAACAAAACCCAGCUUCUUCUUCUCAGUAACUGCAGCCACUUGUUUUUUUCGUAAGGGGGUUAUGUCAUGUUAUAGAUCAGUGCUAGCACUUUUUCUAAUCAAUUGAAUUCCAAAAAUAAUGGUCCAGUUUUAAUAAUACAUGUACAUGUAUUACUAAAUACAGUUUUUUUACUACCUCUCAAAAGCGACCAUCUCUUAGAUAACAACAUUUGCUACCAUUAAUUAAAGUUGAUUUCAGACUGUACGUUGGGGUACGGGAUGUUGAAUGUUUGUCAGAAGUGGUGUAAGUUUUCUUUUGAGUGAAAGUUUUGCUAUUAUGGAAGGAAUUUAAUUGUUACCAUAAAUAUUUUGUCCAGGCUUCAUUGUGAGUAUACAACACCAUUCAAAUGUUGUGUGACAUUGUACGAAUAAAUACUGCAAUUUAUCAUUCAGGUUUUUUCACUGGGACUGAGAGAAGAUCCACUGUGAGGUAAUACUUCAGAUAAAACAUAAUCUAGACCCAUGGUUCCCCUCUGAAUAAUAGGCCCUCAUAAUCUGAAAAUUACUACUGUCAAACCUCUUUAAUACGGACACCAAAGGGACAGAACAUACCAAGUGUCCUCUUUACAGAGCUGUCUGGUCCGUAUUAUAGAGGUAGAGAAUGUACGAUUUUUGGCAUUUCUGGGACCAAACGAACUGUCCGUAAUGGAGAGGUGUCAGUAAGGAGAAGUUUGACUGUAUUGUCACAAUCUGGAAAACAGCUCUAGAAAAGAAAUAAUAACAACAUAUAAUUAUUUUGUACCCUUAAAAAAUUGUAUUAGCAAGGCUGUGCUCUAAGGAAAAUUGAAGGGAGCCUAGUGCUCUGAAACUGUAAAAUCUAGGGUGCCGAGCAUUUGAUUUGUAUGAAAAAAGUUAGAUUCGCUAGUCACCUGCAAGCAAAAGUUAGGCACCAUGGGCCACCGUGCUAUGCUAGAGCACAGCCCUGAUUAGUAAUACAUGUAUUUAAUAAUAAUAGUUAUUGUGGGAUACAAACUACAUGUACAGUGAUUUUGUUACAAAUAGUUAUGGUGAGUCCUGGGACUCAUCUUGUGAAAAAUCAUGAGUCCCUGCUGUCCAUAACCAAUGAGUCGCAGUUCAAAAUAACAAGGAGUCUUAAAUUGAAAAUGCUUUGGCUUUUAUGCAAGCAGACAAUUAAUCUGGAGGCAGACGCCAAAACUCUUUAUUACAGUUUACUGAAAUUAAAAUGUAUAGUCCGUCUAUGAUAUUUAAAGCACAAAAAAGACAAACAAAUAUGCAUCUUUAAACAACAGCCACAGAAAUCACAUGGACAGGAUAUAAUGUAUGAAUGAACUUGCUAAAAAUUAGCCUCCCCGCAGACGUCCUUUGGGGUUCGUUUGUCACGCAUUCAUUUCUCCUUGUCAAGUUAAAAAGCUGAAAGUGAAAAGAAGUAUUGUUUGUUCUUUAGGUCAUCUGGGCCUUGCCAGGUCAUUACACUCCGAGAAGAAAACUUCCAUGAUGCUUUCAGUCAGGUUUGUUGAAUGAUGAUUUAUUUAUUAUUAGAAGACAAUUUAAUUAUUACUAUUCCAGUUGGCAAAGAAAAUGUGGACACAGUAAUCCAAACUGUGCAGGUGUAUCAUAUUAACUUUAACAUGCCACUUGAUCCCAUACUGUACAUAAAUAGUGUCAAUAUUUAUGGGUGGUUUAUAAGGUGUGAAUGUGUUAAGCUACUAUGCUGUAAAUUAUCUGUCUAUUGUGAGGUCCACUCUUAUUUGCCUGCACUGUUUUGACCAGGGACCUUGUUAUUCCUCACUUGUUGCUGUUGCAACAUCUAAUACAGCCGUUUUGGGUGGGCCAACAUGUUUGUUCAAGUUUCAAGAUAUCUUGAAGACUUGUGUUUCAUAGCAUUUUGCAAAUUUCAAAUGAAUCUUAUGAACACUGGUUAGAAAGCUAUGUAACAUCCCAUGAUAUCUAAAGCGCUUUAAUAUUAAGGUAUCUGAUUUCAUUAACUUUGUCUGCUAUUUUAAUUUUGUUCCCUGCUUGCAGUUCACAGCAGAAGCAUCUCUACUGCAAGAACUGAAUGUAAAGUGGAAACAACAAGUAAACAAGAGAGAUGCUGAGUUGUACACAAAGUAUGGAGGUGCUUUGGAUCUCGAGGUUUGAAACUUUCUUCCUUUUUCUUUCCAUUUACAUUGAUGCUCAUAUACAUGUAGAUGUAGAUGCCUGUGUAGAAAUAAUUAUUGUAUUGUUCUUUGCAUGUUGUCCAUACUUAAAACACAUUGAUAAUUGCCUGCUAAGGAGGUUUUUUCUUCUUCUUUUUUUAUCAUUUGUGAUGAGUUCUUUCAUUUCCUCGUUACUAUUUUUGUUUUGGAUAUCUAUAGAGCUUGAGGUGAAUUUUAAUAUUUGUACAGUGUCACAACUUUAAUUUUUUGAAAUGUUUUUGGGGGAUUACAUUUAGCUUGAUGUAUAUUGUCUUGCUAUGAUACCUUCUUUUCCUAAAAGACUUCUUGAUUUAAUUAACAAUUAACAGUGUUUGUUUCUGUUAUGGUUUUCUUAGAUUUUGAGGAUGACUUUGAAGCAGGUAAAUAAAAUAGUUAAAGAGUGGUGAUUGCAGUCUCAGACAAAAAAAAAAGUCACUUGUACCCUGCCGUUUUGGAUUAAAAUAAACACUAUGAUGAUGUUAAUUUCACAAUUGCGAAAUAUUAGAUCUGAGGAAUUAAUAUAUUUGUUACAUUUUUAAUAUUCGUCUCGUCCAGGAUUGAAUGUUAGUAACCAUGUGCUAGUCCAUCGCAGGGUUAUCCCCCAGCAGUAUGUCGCCGGUACCCAUUAAUACACUUGAGUGAAGAGGGACAAAGUGGAGUAAAGUUCCUUGUCUAAGGAAACGCGAUGGGCGAGGCUUGAACCUCGGACCUUCAGAUCUUGAGUUCGAGGUGUUAACCACUCGGCCACACACGCCUCCACAAGCGGCCAAGAGAUCCUUAUGAUUAAGCAUUCACAACUGUUGGUAUAGGGAAAAAGUUUAUGAAAACUACGGAUGAUCUUGUCAAAUAUGAAGUAAUAUAAACAUUACAAAUAAUCGUGUCAACUACGAAAUACUCGCUCAAUAAUUGUUACCUACAUUCACUCCGGAGAAGUGGUUGCCAAAUUAAGUAAUUAGAAUUUAAAAAAAUUAAUUGAAAAGAAACGAAUACGAGCAGUUAAAUUAGUUUAAAUUUAAAUGGUUGGGGUUUGUUUACCAGACAGAUGAGUUCCAGCACUGUCCUCCUGGUUUUUUAUAUCUUAUUGCAUUGUCCAUGGUCAUCAAGGAAGUUCGAGCAGAUGAAGCUGUGCUGUCUAAGAGACAAUACCAAGAUGGUAAGAUUAUACUGUUCUGCAAAAUUUAUCAAUCACUAACAACCACGGUGGUACAGAUAGUCCUACUCAGUGAAUCGACUCUUAUAUCGCCUGAUGAAGACCUACAGUAUGCGGUCGAAACGUCGCGAUCAAUAUCUAGGUGAAUCAUGAGACAAACUAUAAACGAACCGCUUAUAUCAUUUAAGUUGUUUCUAUUUUUGAGUAGUGAAAAUUCAGAUAAUCACUAAAAAAUUAAUUUCCGUUAUUUACCCUUGGCAGUGUUUAUAGCACUAAUGCUAGUGGGGGCGAGCAAAUUCCUAAAACGAACAAUUUAAAUCAAACAUAAUGUGGUUAAAAAUCCCAACUGGCCUGAGGCAAACCAGUUGGCUAUUUACAAGCGUGGCCAAGGAUUUGGUUAGUAUACAACUAGCAUGUCGAGUCUGUGGACGAAAAUGCUAAACUGUGACCAUUCACUUACCCAGGGUUUUUCAGGCCAUUUGGCGAAAAUUGCCUAUUUGUGGUGUUUUUUUUUUUAUAGCUUUUAAAUAUUUUAAUCUUAUUAUUGUUAUUUUUUCUUUUGGUGAAAAAUGUGUUUAAGGCCUCGUCCAAAUUAAUCCGUAUAUUUUCGAAACCACAUUUUUCUACGCGAAAAUUAUCGACUUUCCGCCCACACGAAAACAGGGAGUCCGCGCGAAAUAUUUCAUUCGCGGACUAUUCGUGUAAAAAAUAUGAAGUUUCAAAAAUACCCUGAUUCGUGUGGAUGAGAUCCGGCUUAAUCAAGGGAUGGUAGCAUUUAUACCUAACCCGAAUCUGAAAUCCCAGUGGUACUAGGGAGCUUAAGUAACAACUACGACGACGGCUACAAAAACGCCAUUAAAAAGUGAAUUCGCGCUGCUUCCAACGUAUUCGCUGUUAUUCCAUCUCGUUCAAUUUGUCAAAUGUUGGCAAAUGUUUCUGGAGUUGAAUUCUAAAAGACCGGCUUUUCCAAAGUUCAUGUAAAGAAAAAGAAAGUUGAAAUCUUGUGUUCACGUCCUAGACCAACCUGAAAUUAGGCAUUUUUUACGUUGUAGUCGUGCAGCGACGGUAAAGAAAUGUACAAAAAAGCAUGAUGCACGUGCGAAGUUGUUGUUUUGCUUAUUAAACCUACAACUGUACUGCGCUGCGUUUUUUUCCGUUCUUGUUGACGUUGCCGUUGCCGUUGCCGUUGCCGUUGUCGUUGCUUAAGCUCUUUACUAUUACCGUAGGCCGGGCCACAUACUCCACCAUAUAGUGCUGGGUUUAAACGUGUCCUCUGUUAGGAGCUUUACACAGAUGGAAGGAGUAUUUUUUUUUAUAAAUCCUUUUUUUAAAGUUACCCUGUUUAAGGUUGUUGUACUUGUUGAAAGAAAAGAAGACACGUACCCUACUGUCUAUGAAUCGUACAUGGCUUGAGAAUUUUAAGAAACAUUUUUUCUCUUCCAAGAUAGAUAUUCACGAUGUUUCUUAAGUUGAAUGAUUGUUUGUAUGUUUUUGUAGGUGGUACUCUCUUUGUAGUACUCCAAGGAAGUGCUGAAGUGAUGAAAGAUGAUAUAUCUGCAUCACACACCGUGGGGCUUAAACAAGUCUUCUGUAAGCAGUUUUUGCGUUAAGUGCUGCUAACCGAAUGAAUGCACUCAAAAAUUGCCCGCUUCUGAUCAAAUCAAGGCUUGUUUGGCGGGCGGGGAGAGGAAAUGGUAGGGGACGGGGAGAUGGUGGGGGGAGGGAAGGUGGUCGAAAACUCGUCACAGUUACAGUACUCGUCACAGUCAAAACACUCGUCACAAUCACAACACUAGUCAUAGUCACAACACUCGUCACAGCCAACAGACUCAUCACUGUCACAACACUCGUUUUCAAAUUCCGUUUUUUCACGUCCAGCACAGCUGUACAUAGGUUAUGCAAUUUCUGGCUGAAUUCGUGGGUUAUUCGAUAACAGCUUAUAAAAGUAUAGCGUUUUGCCAAUAAUCAACCCCAAGAAAGUUGUGGGUUUAGGUAGUUUCAGACCACUGAAAAGAACUGUAGAUAGCGUUAUCCACCGGAUAAAUCACUAUCUAGAAGUUAAGUAUUAGGGAAACCAAUUGCGCUAUCUAAUGGAUAGAGAUUUAUCCAGUAGAUAGCGUUAUCCCCCUUUUGAACAACUAGCCGGCCUGACAAUUACCCGUUUGUUCCUACCCACAAUACUAAAAAAAAAGGUUAAAGGCUUGUUUAUAGUGGAAAGAGCACUUAGCUUGUCCAGGUAAUUUACAGGCACUCCACUCAAAUAUUAGAAACAAAUAAUUCAAAUACAACAUAACAGGAUUAAAAACCCCAACUGGCAGAAGGCAACCAGUUGGCUAUUUACAGCCGAGAAUUUGAACUCGGGACGACCGAGCACAAAUCCAGCAAGUGGCCAGAGCGGGACUCGAACCCGGGACCGCCGGAUUGCGAGUCCGACGUGCUGACCACUCGGCCACUCUGCCUCCCGUAGAUGUGAUCAUGUGAUCAUGUCUAAGUUUGUAAAGUCUAGUAUGUUUCGUACAGAUAUCAACAUCAGAUUUCUCUCUCUGCAAGCCUAGUUUGUACCAGUAAAGGACACGUUAGAGAUUUUUGGAAUGGAAAUAGAUAAUAAUCUGAAUUUUUCUAAACAUAUAUCAAAUGUAUGCAAAAAGAUUAAUAAUCAAUUUAAUGUUAUGUUGCGCUUUAGAAAACUCAUACGCAAGGAAAUCUUAUUCAAACUUUACAAAGCGUAUAUUUUACCUCACUUUUAUUAUUGCUCCUCUGUCUGGCACUUUUGUGGAGCGCGCGAUGCGGAUAAGCUCGAAGCUUUAAAUAAAAGAAUACUUAGAUUUAUACUUGGAGAUUACUCGUCUCCAUACAACACUCUUCUCACAAAAGUCAGCUCUACUUCUUUGUUUAACAAACGCAUUCAAAAUUUCCUCAUUCUGUUAUAUAAGAGUUUGUUUUUCACUCAUUUUCCUACUUAUAUGAAGAAUAUGUUUUCACUCCGGUCCUCUUCCUAUGAUCUUCGUGGCAACUACAUUCUUUCACUAAGUAAACCUAAAACAACUACCUAUGGUCUUAACUCCUUUUCUUACUUUUCAGCUAAGCAGUGGAAUGCACUGCCGGACUUUUUUCGUACCAGUUUUUUUGCAGACUUUAAGACUAAAAAUACAGGAAUGUUACCUUCAUGUAGAUUCUUUUUGCCUUACAUACUUAAACUUAAAAUUGUGAAUUGUAAAUGAUAUUUUCUUUCCUUGCAUUUAAUGUAUAUAUAUAUUUUCUAUAUAGUUUUUAUGUAGUGUCAGCUCGAAGAUAUUAGCUUGUUAGCUACUCUAAAAUUCGAGUUUAAAUAAAGUUUUAUGUUAUGUUAUGUUAUGUUAAAGGCCUUGCAGACAUUAAGCAAUUUCGUGUUGCCUUAAGGCUUAAGAAUUGUUACGCCCGAAAGAUGGAUUUUUGAAAACUUGUUUACCUAAAAUCGCAGCUAUAUUUGAUUGAACUGAAUUGAAUUGAAUUGUCUCAAUGGACCUCAGUCUCGCUAUCCGGCAAUAUCUCUGGUCCACGAUUAUUGGCUUGCUCAAAGUUCUGCAAUCAGUUUCGAGCAUUGUGUACAGCCUGACAAACAUGCACCAGGUAUGCUUUACGGAUCACUGUUGAAUUACAGAUAAGACUUACGAUAAUAGAAACAAAGAGAAACAGAAAUGAAAUGUUAGUAUACGUAUUUAUUUGAAGGAAUCUGCUCACAAUGAACAUAAGAAGUGUUAAGACAACAUGUAGGAUAAUAUUCGUGUUGAUAUUGAGGUUAACGAACUCAAGCUCUAAAUGAGUUUGACUAGCUCCUAUCUUUUUUGCUCUUUUGUAGGGAAGGCUGUCAACAUGCCUGUCCGGGGAUGGGUAAAAGCAACGGAAUUGUGUGUGGCAGCUGUUGUCCCAGAGGGGGUAGUGAGAGAAGCCGAGAGUACAUUCCCGGAUGUUGUGCUUCUCAGACAUUGAGCAAGCAUUCUUUGGAUGGAA